GCAUCUGUAAUUCCGGGCAAUUGGAAUCGAAUUUGACUGGCAUGAUCCAUAAUUACAGACUGCUACACAGUGUGCUUAAAUGUGGUUUCGCAUUUCAGAACUCAGUCUAUUUGCUCUUGUUUCUGGGUGGCAGUUUUGCAAGGCCAGGUUGUGGGCAUCGUGGCAGCGCAAGGCCGAGAAGACGACAACACAGUGGAACUCCGUCGCAUGUCAGUGGACUCUCACUUCCGUGGUAAAGGCAUCGCCAAGGCUCUGGGUCGACGUGUUCUAGAAUUUGCCAUGUUAAACAACUACUCGGCUGUGGUUCUGGGAACAACUGCAGUCAAGAUGGCCGCCCACAAGCUGUACGAGUCGUUGGGUUUCCGGCGAGUGGGAGACACUGAGGACUACACGCUACCAGGGAUGACCCGUUCACUGCUGGAGAGGCUCUUCUUCCAGAUUCGCUACAGCCGGUACCGAUUGCAGCUUCAUGAAGAGUGAGAGACAGAGAGUUAACAUGAGCGCAGAAGAUAAGAAUAUAAACGACAAUGCCGGCAAUGACCCUGAACCACCCACUGACCGGUCCUCUUCUUCUACCUAUUUAUUUAUGUUUUGGGCUUUUUUUAAAAGUCAUAUUAUGUUCC